AUAUAAAAAUUAUCGAGUGGUCUGUGAGUGGAGCUGAGGUGGUGGAGAAGGAAUCCAAACCCCUCUCUUGCAUUUUCUCUCAUACUUUCACCUCUCUUUUCGAUGUGCUGCGCUUAUCGCCGUUCGAUCCUCCGGUCUGAGAUCCAUCCCAGCCGUAUAUCUUUCCCAGCUCGAGCAGACGCCCAGAAGCUCAGAAGCGAUGAAAGGUCCGUCGCCGUUGACAUCCGCUUCAGUCCGUAGCAGCAGGCUUCCUUCCCCCAUCUUUGAUUUCUUGCAGCUCCUCAAAAACCCUAGGUUUCUAGACACGACCUCCUUGCAGAAGCCACGCACGGCAGCUCCAAUCGCUGCUCGUGUCUAAAAACCUGCGCGUACAUGGAAACAUCAUCAAACCCUUAGAUAUUGCUGAUUGGAAGCUUGGUAGUUGUUGUUAAUCUAAUCGGCCCUUGGACGGUCGAGAUUUCGCGAUCUCGAUGGAGAAUCGGAGUUUCAGCCGGGCGAUGAGCUUCGGCAUAUCGGACGUGGCUCUUGACUGCGUGAUGGCCUACAUCGACGAUCCCCGCGAUCGCGACGCGGUCUCUCUGGUAUGCCGGAAGUGGUAUAACAUCGACGCUUUGACGCGGAAGCACAUCACAAUCGCCCUAUGUUAUACGACCACGCCGGCCCGCCUUCGGACGCGGUUCCCCCGCCUUGAGUCGUUGAAAUUGAAGGGGAAGCCGCGGGCCGCGAUGUUCAAUCUCAUACCGGAGGAUUGGGGAGGGUACGUCGGGCCAUGGAUUAAUGAGAUCUCAGGGGCGUUCAAUUGCCUUAAAUCGCUCCAUUUCAGGCGGAUGAUCGUGCGGGAUCUUGAUCUCGGAGUGCUUGUCCGCUCACGCGGGCAUAUGCUGCAGGCGCUUCGCCUUGAUAAGUGUUCUGGGUUCUCGACAGAUGGAUUGUUGCAGGUCACCCGAUCUUGCAGAUGCCUAAGAACCUUGUUUUUGGAAGAGAGCUCCAUUGUUGAGAAAGAUGGCAAUUGGCUCCAUGAGCUUGCUGUGAACAACACUGUCCUAGAGACUUUGAAUUUUUAUAUGACGGAGCUCAAGUUCAUCGACAUCAGAGACCUUGAAUUGAUAGCCAGGAACUGCCGCUCUUUACUUUCUUUAAAAAUCAGUGAUUAUGAAAUCUUGGAACUAGCUGGUUUUUUCCGUGCAGCAUUGUCUUUAGAAGAGUUUGGUGGUGGUUCAUUCAAUGAGCAAGCAGGAGAUAUUGACAAGUACUCAAGCGUGUCAUUUCCUCCAAGGUUGUGCCGUGUGGGUCUAAACUACAUGGGGAAGAAUGAGAUGCCUAUAUUGUUCCCAUGUGCGACUUUACUUAAGAAGCUGGACCUUCAAUAUACAUUUCUUGAUACUGAAGAUCAUUGCCAGCUGAUUCAACGAUGCCCCAAUUUGGAAAUUCUUGAGGUGCGGAAUGUGAUCGGAGACAGCGGAUUAGAAGUCCUUGCUCAGAACUGUAAGAAACUUCGGAGGCUUAGGAUUGAACGUGGUGAAGACGAACAGGGUAUGGAGGACGAACAAGGUGUGGUUUCGCAGAGGGGCCUAGCUACACUGGCACAGGGAUGUCCAGAUCUGGAAUAUCUGGCUGUUUACGUAUCUGAUAUCACAAAUGCAGCCCUGGAAUCUAUUGGCACUUUCAGCAAAAACCUCACUGAUUUCCGAUUGGUCUUGCUCGACAAGGAAGAAACAAUAACAGAGCUACCACUCGACAAUGGGGUCCGUGCUCUGUUAAUGGGCUGCCAGAAGCUUAGGAGGUUCGCCCUCUAUUUACGAGAAGGGGGUCUGUCAGACGUUGGUCUUGGUUAUAUUGGCAAGUACAGCAACAACAUCAGGUGGAUGCUGUUGGGUUUUGUGGGAGAUUCCGACAUGGGGCUUCUGGAAUUCUCGAAAGGCUGCCCAAGCCUGCAGAAGCUCGAGAUGAGAGGCUGUUGCUUCAGUGAGCGGGCAUUGGCCAUCGCCGUGUUGCAGCUGAGGUCUCUGAGAUACAUAUGGGUGCAAGGGUACAAAGCAUCCAAAACAGGCCGUGAUCUUUUGGCCAUGAUUCGACCCUACUGGAACAUAGAAUUCAUUCCUCCAAGACAGACCAUUGCAUACGAUGAGUUUGGUAUCCCUGAGGAAGUUGGUGGGGUCGAGCAGCCAGCUCAGAUACUUGCUUACUAUUCCCUUGCAGGCCGAAGGGCGGAUUACCCUGAAACGCUUUGUGGGCCAGUCGAGUUUGGAAGUAAACCCUUGUCCUUGACUGAGAAAACCAACAGCUUCCCAGUGGCACCAGCUGAGAUAAUUGACUUCAUGAUCUUUAAAGAUGAGACACUGAUCAGUGAUUGAUUAAAGAGCCCAAUGAUUGAAGAUUUAGGAUCAUCGGUCUGGGAGAUUUCUUGGGUGUGUCCUAUAUAAUACCAAUAGUCUAGAUCACCAAGGACGGUCGGCCAGAUAUUUGGGGAAACCUGCAUCUCAGAGAGCUGGGGAUCCAUUGGAUUCCAUCAUCUUCUUCACAUUUUUCGCCAUUGAAAAGAAUUGGAGUGCUGAAAUUGGCGGAAGGACUGUUGCAUGCUCUUUCAUGCUUACCGGAUUGGCUGCUAUUACGCAAUGGGUUGCUGCAGUUGAGAAAUGAGUUUGCAUGAACAUGCACAGAUAUCUGGAGUCAUUGCAGGGAGUGUCUGGAUCGGAUUUGUUGCUGUUUGUAGCUUGAGAUUUUCUCUCUGUCUCUGGAUUGUUGUUGUAGCUGUAUCUUUGGAAUUUUCCACUGCUUUUCUUUUGAAGAACUGGCUAUUAAUGAUGCUUUGUUGUCCUUACUUCAU